AUGGCAGAAUCUGAUCCUAAGCAUCUCAAAAUAACCUUGUCGAACCGGGAAUCAGCUGCACGUUCAAAGGCGAAGAAGGCGCUGCACGAGUCCGAGUUGGAAGACAAAGUCGAGACACUUGAGACUCAGAUUGAUAUAUUGACUGCCGAGCUCAAGCUUGAGAAGGUGAUCACCAUCUUACUUGUCACGAGAGGAAGAAUGACGGCGGAUGACGAGUGCGUGCAAUUUAGGAUUCGUCUUCAUGCAGGGGAGGCGCAUGCACGACUUCGUGAAGACUUGAUCCAACAAUUGAAUGGAGAAGUUCGUCGGCUAAUAGAAGAGGCGAGUGUGCAGAGAGAAGAGAUGAGUAGGCUAAGAGAAGAGGUGAGCGAAUACCGGAGGAGGGAAAGUGAGAGAAUGAACGCAAACAUGUUGGAUCAACUCAACAUCAACCAGCAGUUUCAAGAGAAGCCGCAGCAGACAAAUUAUAAUUUCGAAUGA